AUGAUCAAAUACAAAAUUGGAUAUUACGAUGUCUCGGACGUCGUUUUAGGUAAAGGAAAUUUUGCCACAGUGUAUCUUGCUAUUCAUAAGGUUUCUGGCUGCAAGGUCGCUAUGAAAAUCAUAAAUCGAAAUGAUGUUAAAGAUGAAUACGUCGCUCGCAAUUUGCAUCGGGAAGCUAGAAUUUUGGCGAAAUUAAGGCAUCCAAAUAUAAUUCAACUCUAUGAAUCAAUGACGACAAAGGAUUUAUACUGCCUAUCUCUGGAGUUAAUCAAAGGAGUGACUCUUUACCAAUACUUUAAGAUAAAACUGGUACCUCGUCUUGAUGAAAACAAAGCAAAAUUGUUUUUCUACCAAAUGUUAGCCGCUGUUCAGCACAUGCAUCAUCAAAAGAUUUUACACAGAGAUCUGAAGCUAGAAAAUAUUUUAAUCGAACAUGAUCAAUUUGUCAAAAUAGUUGAUUUUGGUUUGAGCAAUGUUUAUUAUCCAAAACUAAUUCAGAGAACGCAUUGUGGGUCUAUGGAAUAUGCAGCUCCAGAGUUAUUCCAUCACAUAUCUUACAGUCCAGCCAUCGAUCUGUGGAGUUUGGGUGUUGUAUUGUAUUCAAUGGUGGUGGGCAAAAUGCCAUUUACUUUGCCUCGAAAUGGUCCUAUUUCUUCCCAGAGAAGGGAUUCCUUUGUAAAACGAAUCUCCAAAGGUUUAACUCAAGAAAAUUGGAGAGAAAUGGAUUUUUUGACUGAUGAAUGCUGGAACUUGAUACUCAGUUUACUCCAACCAGAUUCCUCCAGUCGAAUUCGAGUUGAAGCUGCGUUACAUCAUAAGUGGUUUAAGAACAAUUUUGAGUUGAGACACUAUCUUCCAGAAGUACGAAUAGAUCUCAGGAAGAAGCUAAGACCGGAAGUAAUAACCUACCUUUCUGACAAACUUUGCACGCCAGCAGAAAAAAUCUCCCGAAGUGUCAUCACCUAUCAACACAAUCACGUUUCAGCAAUGUACAACAUGACGCUGGACACCUUGGUAAAAGAGAUUAUACAUCCUCCAAGAGACAUUGAGCAAUCUUUUCUUGGUCACUUCGAACGUUGGAGGAUGACUAAGCUUCGCCCGAAUCGCAGCGACUAUGUUGAACCUGAUACUUACAUUAUUUUUAAGGGCAUUUCACAGUAUUUUAUGUUUGGAAAACUGUUAAUAGAUUGA